AUGGUACUUUUUAAUAAUUUGGAGCACGCUUCUGACGGACUUGAGAGAUUAUUAACAUCAAUAUUAAAACUUUCUGGAGAUUUUUCAGAAGUAUUAGUACCAAAGCCUGGCGUCCCAAAAUGUCCUGAUAUGUAUUAUUGUUCAUUCAAUACUUGGUUGCUGGGUAGAUUAUUUUAUGUGUGUUCUGUGGGGGAACUAAAUAAGAUCCAUCUGUCAAGGAAUCUAAAAGAUGUGUUGAAACCACUCAGGCCUUUUAUUGGUAAUCCAAUAUUUGAACUAGGGGCUGAUGGAACUUCCCAAAAGGAAGACAUUUUCUCCCUUUGCAUUAAGCUCCUCGUUAGCAGGACGCAAACGAGCCUGGAAAGCAACAAUUACAAUCAGCAAACAGAAACAUUGAACCUAAUAAAAGAGUUUGGCUUGUAUAGCAACGAACGGGCCAUACUGCCAGUGACGAAACUGUUUAUUUACUUCAUCAUGCAUCCCCAGUGCACUUUGGCGCCCAAAGCGGUCGUUUACUUGAGGGAGUUUUGCGAGUUUCAAGGUUUAACCCCGAAUCAGGUGUACCACAGAUACAAAAAAGACUACUGCAGACUCUUCGUCGAUUGUAGUCUCCACAGCGGCAAAGAGUUUGCAAUGUCCCUAUUGAAAGUCGUCAGAGCCUUCGGCUUCGUCGGCUACAGGGACUUUAUUUCCAAGGACGUGCACCAUUUCCUGCCAUAUCUGAUACCAUACUCUGCUACUAUACAAGAAGUGCCGUCAAUGAUCGAGGAAAUCGCGUCUCUAGUUCAGUGUUCCGUAUCCGACUUUAUCGUCGAACGGUUUCCACUCAUUUAUGUCCAUGUCUAUCUGAACGAGACCAGCGCAGUAGCCGAUAAGUGCUAUGCGGUUUUGGAGAAGCUCACGAGGUGCUCCAUCCUGAGCCUUAUCAAGAAGCACUUUAGGGUCAUCCUUACAGAGUUCCUGCUGCAGUAUUGUUGCAACCCGGACAAAGUGCUGAACGCGUGUAGGCACCUCGCCUGCCACGACCCGGACGCUUCGACCCCCAUUGGGAGCAUGAGAAUGAGCACCGCGCAAAUAGCGGAUUUCCUGAAUCCGAAGUUCCUCGGUGUGUUAGCGUAUUUCGACCACAAGCUGGUGAACGCGAAGGUGGCGUUGUCGGUGAAACGCAAGGCCCUGAAGAGCUUCCCCGACAUGAUGCAACUGAUGGGUGUGAAAUACAUCACCCCGUUGAGGUUCAAAGUCCUCGCUACUUUGAGGUCUGCCCUGCCACUGGCGAGGGAGUUCCCCAAAAUUCUCGCUGAAGCGUGGGCCGCUUUCAUCCACAACAUAGACGGUAUUUCCCUAGGCCCUCUGCUCUCAAAUCUCGCCGUGUCGUUACUGCAACAGUUUGAACACGCCCCGCAAGAGAUAAAUAGGAUAUUUCAAUAUCUCGUUUUCAAAAAUGAGAAUCUGUUGAGCAGCCAUUUGUCAGAUCUUUUCUUCCUAGAGGAUUCUGAGAUAUCGGAGAAGGUGAAAAUUGUUAUAAAACGACACGUGAAUAGGACUCAACCAGAAGAGUUUCUAGACAAAAUUAAAUGGUAUUUGGAACAUUUGAAUCAUGAAAUACCGACUAUAAAGGCUUACGCUCUUUCUCACUUGGAUAAGUUACUAAAGAACAAUAGAACUGAAAUUCACAAAGCUAUAUUCGGUGGAAGGAAUAUUGACCCAGUGAUAGUAGAGCUUAUUGACUGUUUGUUGCUUGGCUGCAAGGAUCUUGAUGGAAAGGUGAGGGAAGCGAGUGGCUCUUGCCUGGGGCAGCUGGGAGCCAUAGAGGCUGGUCAUCUGCCCCGCCAAUAUGUCCAGCCCGACAGAUCGCCGUUCGCGUUCUCUAUAGUCGACAACUGUUUCGCCGCUACCGCCCUCGUGGAACUUUCUAGAGCGUUCCAGUAUGAAAAAGAUACAACGAACAUGGACUGUUACGCGUUAACGAUACAGGAGAUAUUAAAGAUCUACGACAUAUCACCGACAGGGGCGAAGAAGGAAGUAUGGGAGAGCUUCCCGGAGAACAUGCACCAGAUCAUGUAUCCCCUGCUCAGUUCCAGAUACACCUUGGCGUAUCCUUCUCAACCAAAGAAAACGCACCCGCUCUUUGGUUCAGUGCACGCCACUACAUUCCUCGAAUGGGCUCACAAUUGGACAGGACAGCUGAUUUCUCUAAUAGAGUCUGAGAGCGUGCGCGAUCUCCUACGAGCUGUACACCCCUCCAUGCGGCGAGACGUGCGCACUCUGUUCCUCUUCUUCCCUUACGUGCUGCUUCACGCCAUCAUGUCGAAAUCUGUGGCGCAGUACGUACAGGAGGAGAUACUGGCGGUUAUAGGCCGUGAAAGCAUCGACGUAGAAGCCGAGGUUACUUCUAAUAGAGCCAAGUAUAAGAUGUUGCGGCAUAUAAGAAUGACUCCGAAUAUCGCUUCGAUACAGGCCGAAGAGGGCAAUCAGAGCAAAUGUAGCAAAACAAUUUAUAUAUUAUUCGACUUCUUGAAUCGGUGGCUGUUGGAGUGGUGUCAUUUGAAGCAGCGGCCUUUAGAUAACGACAAUUACAAAGCAAUCAGCUCGUUCCUGGAGCAGUUCGACAAGCUGAGCAUCGCGCGCGGAAACUUCGCCUGCGGCGAGCUGGAGCGCGCCCUUCAGUACUUGGAGCUGCACAUGGACGGGCGCAGGGAGCGAGUGCAGGAGCAGCUGCCGCUGCUGGCCGAGAUCUACGCGCUGCUCGACGAGCCCGACUCGCUCGCCGGAAUUUUAUCUAUCAAACGAUCUGAACCAUCGCUGAAGGAAUUGAUUCUCGCCCAAGUGGUGACCGGCCGAUUGCAAGACGCCGCACUUUGCUAUGAGAGACUUGCUCAAGAAGGCCAACUCGACAAACACAGUUUGCAGGGCAUGAUUGACUGCUACUUGGGUCUGGACCAGCCGUUCACGGCGUAUCGGCUUCUGAACGAGCGCGACGCUGAUGAUAGCAUGGCCGAGUUGGCGGCCGAGCCGCUGUGGCGAUUGGGGCGCUUCGAGCAACUGGAGCAAUUGGCGCGGAAGCCAGUUCCGCCGUCCCGCGAGAACUGGGGUCUGUUGAUGGGCCGCGUCCUUCUGUCGUUCCGGGCCCAGGAGCGGGGGUCUUUCACCGCCGCGUGUAGAGACGCCGCAUCCAAGCUCCUGUCCCAGAUGGACGGCAAGAGCAGGGGCGAGAGCGCGCUCAGGAGCGGCUACCAGAGCGUUCUGGGCCUCCACAUAGUUAAGGAGGCAGAGCACGCCGAGGAGAUGUUGUGGAGACUGAAGGAAUUGCGGGACGGGGACGGUCAAGGCGAAACGAUCUUGAGCCAGCUGUUGGACGAGUGGCGUCGGAGGCUGGCCCUAGUGCAGUCAGAUGUGAGGACCGUUGAACCGCUCCUGCGCCUCAGAAGGAUACUGUUGCAGCAAACGCAGGAGUUGUUGGAACCAAGUCACCCGACGACGUCGAAUCGGUUAAGGGCUUGCAUCGGUGAACUUUGGUUGCAGAGCGCAAAACAGGCUCGAAAGGCUGGAAUAUUCCAACAGUCCUAUAUGUACAUUCUGAACGCCGAGGAAUAUCAGCCUGAGGAGCUGUUCAUUGAGAAAGCAAGGAUGUACUGGGCCAGGGGUCAGCAAGAGCACGCAUUCACAACCUUGCGUCGUGGCUUAGACGAAACCUACCCCCAGAUAGACAAACUCACACAAGAGCAGAGGAAAAUCUGUGCAAAAGCAAAACUUCUGAUUGCGAAAUACAACGAUGAAACCACAAAUGUAGAUGUGGAUGUUAAUAUCGGAUAUUAUAAAGAGUCAGUUGAAGUCUUCAAGCAAUGGGAGAAAAGUUUGGUCUGUUUGGGUGCGUAUUACGAGAAAGUGAGCAGCGGAGACUCAGCGCCCAACAAUCUGACCUGGUCAAGGCGCGUAUACGCGCUCAACUCGUACGGCAAGGCGCUGCAAUACGGCCACAAAUACUUGUAUCAGAGCAUGCCGAGGAUGCUUUCCAUAUGGUUGGACGUGGAGGUCACUUCAGCGGACAUGAACAUCCAUUCGGUGCUGGCGCAAAUGACGGAGAUCAUCAAAACUUAUUCGGAGAGGUUGCCCAUAUAUUUGUAUCUGACGGCGUUCUCGCAGAUCGUGUCGAGAAUUUGCCAUCCCGUGAAAGAGGUGUACCAGCAGCUGAAGGCGAUAAUAGUGCGCCUGAUCCUCGCGUACCCUCAGCACACGCUGUGGAUGAUGAUGUGCGUCAUCAAGUCGAGCUACCCGCAGCGGAUAAAGCGCUGCGCGGACGUCCUCUCUGAUCCUCGCCUCAGGGAGCCCCACAUGCUGAAGCUGGUCGGGGACUUCACGCAGUUCGCCGAGAAGCUGAUUGACCUGUGCAACAAGCCCCUGCCCGCCAACGCGGCGAAUCCAACCGUCUCUUCGCUCGUUCGAACCCUGCCCCGUCUGCUGGCCGGCGAUAACUUCAGCCGAAUAAUGGUGCCGUUCCAAGAGUUCUGCAAGAUCGUCCUGCCCUCGAAGGCGGCGCGACAGGAGCGCAUCGACUUGAACAUGCCAAAAGAGCCCUCAGUUUACAUCGCCGGUAUAGAGGAGAAGAUACAAAUAUUGCCCUCUUUGCAAAAACCUAGGAAGGUCACUCUAAAAGGCUCCGACGGGAAGUCGUACAUCGUGCUGCUGAAGUCGCGCGACGAUCUGCGCAAGGACUUCAGGCUGAUGGAGUUCAACGGAGUGGUGAACCGCUUCCUGCAGGACUCGCCCGAGUGCAGGCGGCGGCGGCUCUACAUCAGGACCUACUGCGUGCUGCCCCUCAACGAGGAGUGCGGCCUCAUCGAGUGGGUGCCCAACCUGCUCGGCCUGCGGCCCAUACUGCUGCAUAUAUACAAGCAGAGGGGUAUCCAUACCACGAACAGGGAGCUAAAAGAGAUGAUGUGCUCCAAAAGCGACUCCGUUGAGAAGAUGAGACGAAUCUUCGAGCAACAGCUGUUGCCUCGACACCCGCCCGUGUUCCAGGAGUGGUUCAGACGCGUCUUCUCCGAUCCCUAUGGAUGGUACCAAGCAAGAUCGGCCUACAUACGUACCACAGCUGUUAUGUCAAUGGUUGGGUAUAUCCUAGGUUUGGGCGAUCGUCACGGUGAGAACAUAUCAUUCGACUCGACAAAUGGUGACACGGUGCACGUUGAUUUCAACUGCUUGUUCAACAAAGGGGAAUCGUUCGAGUGGCCGGAGAGGGUUCCGUUCAGGUUGACCCACAACAUGGAGGCGGCCAUGGGCCCCUUGAAACACGAGGGCAUGUUUAGGAAGUGCUGCGAGGCGGUGAUGCGCGCGUUGUGCGCGCAGACCGCCGCGCUGAUGUCGGUGGUGGGGCCGUUCGUGUACGACCCGCUGGUGGCGUGGGGCAGGGGCCGCGCCGCCGGCGACCUCGCCGAGCGCACCAACGCCGAGGCGAUGCAGCACCUGCGCCACAUACGCCAGCGGCUCAACGGCAUGGUGAGAACGAAGAAUAAACAGUUGUCCCUGUCUCUCUCUCCAGAGGGGCAAGUGGAGCAUCUUAUUGUGGAGGCCACUAGUAUCCAUAACCUUUGCCAAAUGUACAUUGGGUGGGGACCAUUCCUG